AUGAUCCUCCUCCCGCCACGUGACAACGUCGAACCUAGCCCCGAGCCGAUCCCACCACACUCAGUGUGUGGGAGACGUUCGGGACACCAUGCGGGGGGCUCACGGAGGGGGCGUCAAAGAUCUAGGAUCUCCGACCCCACCACUGAGGCCAGGGUCCGUCCGGUCCUCCCCCCGCAUAUUCCUCAUCAGGUCGCCCGCUCCUCCGGCCCGACCGGCGCUAGAGGAAAGGCUCGCGGGGCAUCAAGCUCCACUACCAGGAUCAACAGAGGGUCAUCGCGGCCACCCGUCCCACCCCGUUCGAAGGGGAAGGCACGGCCCGCGCCCGUCCCCCGCAAGGGGGGCAAGGGGGCCUCGACGUCCCGUCCUCCUCCACCUGCGGAUGAAGUAGCAGCCGCGGCAUCUCCCGAGUUACCUUUUGAGCUCAGGAAUGCCGCCGCUACCUACGCCUCUUCCGCAAGCACUUCAUUAAGUGCGUACGCAGAACUUCCCGGGCACCACUUGAGGUCUACGCUGGACCUCGUCUCCACACCUCCCGUCUCAUCCUACCCAGAGGACCUCACCUCGGGCAGCGACAAGUGGACUGGCGCUGAUUUCUCCGGGUGUGGCGACCCGGAGACCUUCAUGCGUUUCUUGGAAGCCAGCAACUAUUGUCUCGGCUACUCCGACUCCGACGACGAAAGCUACAACCCGUCACGAGAUUGCUUCAACUUAGAAGUCGAAGGCACGCCGCAUAGCGCCCAGGGGGAUGCAGGGCCCUCUAGGCAAGAGGACGCAACUCCACCUCCCAAUCCAACUCCCGGAACCAAUCCCGGAGCCCGUGGGGUAGCAUCUGCCCCCCCGGGGGACGCCAUCCUGACCUCGCACAGCUCGAUGAGCUAG